UCCAAAUAAUUUUGCAAGCAAUGGCCUGGCCUCCUUCCAACACCCUUUACUUGUUAACACUAAUAAUCUUAUUACAAACACCACUCAUUUCGGCCAAAAAUACAAGCAGUAUACCAGUAUGCCGAUCUCUCACUGCCACUGUGAAUGAUUCUUCAUGGCUUUCUCCUUUAAACAGUUUUGCUUUCGGCUUUACCAAAUAUUCUAAUAGCAGCAAACUCUUCUUGCUUGCUAUCUGGUAUGCCAAGAUUAUUCCCAUCACAAUAGUUUGGCAUGCAAAUGAUGGUAUUCCUGUUCCCCAAGGAUCAUCAGUCAGAAUAACUGCUACCGCGGGCCUAGUUCUCAGCAACCCUGAAGGGAUCAGCUUAUGGAACACCUCUGAUGAAUUAAGUGAUGGUAAUGAGGUAAGCUAUGGCUUUCUGUAUGAUACCGGGAAUUUCGUACUCAAAAGAAGUAGCAGUGAUGAUGAUGUAGUUUGGCAAAGCUUUGACCAUCCUACAGAUACCUUGCUGCCUACUCAGUCUAUGGAAAUAGACGGGGUAGUUUACUUGAAACUAUCAGAAACUAAUUUCACAAAGGGGAGGUUCCAGCUAAAUUUUGAAUUACGUGAUGACAUUCGUGGAAACCUUAUUCUCAAUUCCAGGGAUCUAACAACUGGAUUUGGCUAUGGUGCUUACUAUAACUCGGGGAUUUAGGGUCAGAGAUUGGUCUAC